CUUGAAUUUUGGGUCCUGGGGGUUUUCCUCUUGGCAUUGGAGCCGCCCUCUUUUUUUUUUUUUUUUUUUUUUUUUUUUUUCUUCCCUCUACGAGCAAGCCUAUUGCCGAUACUCGGGGUAGCUUCGCUCUUUCGGCCGCUCCACUUGGACACGGAUUUCGGGUCAUUUUUAAAGACAGGUAGCCCGCUUGGCUUCCAUUCAAGGAGAUAUCGGGAAUAACGGGACUUGCGGGGGAGUGCUGUGGGUUGAGUUGAGG